GGAGUCUCCAAAGCGCAGGCGCGGACGGGGCGGGGAAAAAAACGGGGGUAAGAAGGCUUGAGGACGAGGCACUUGCUUGCGCUGGGCUGCCCGGGAUCGCAGGUAGCUGGUUAAAUGCAAUUGUGCCAGCAACAGAGGGAAGAUAAACAUGAGAAUAGCAGGAGCAGCAAAGUUGGUAAUAGCAGUGGCUGUGUUCUUGCUGAUGUUUUAUGUCAUAUCUCAAGUAUUUGAAAUAAAAAUGGACGCCAGUUUAGGAAAUCUUUUUGCAAGAUCAGCACUGGACCAACCAUUGCGAACUACAAAGCCCCCAAAGUAUAAAUGUGGAACGACAAAAGCAUGUCCAGCGAAUCAUUUUGCUUUCAAAAUGGCAAGUGGAGCAGCCAAUGUAGUUGGACCUAAAAUAUGUGUAGAAGACAAUAUCUUGAUGAGUGGUGUUAAAAACAACGUGGGGAGGGGCAUUAAUAUAGCCCUAGUAAAUGGCAAAACAGGUGAAGCAGUGGACACAAAAUUCUUUGAUAUGUGGGGUGGAGAUGUAGCCCCAUUCAUUGAAUUUCUGAAGAGUAUUGCAGAUGGAACUAUUGUAUUAAUGGCAACAUAUGACGAUGGUGCCACUAAGCUUAAUGAAGAGGCACGGAAAAUAAUAUCAGAUUUGGGGAGUACAUCCAUCACAACGCUUGGAUUCAGAGACAAUUGGGUUUUCUGUGGUGGAAAAGGAAUCAAAACUAAAAGCCCUUUUGAACAGCAUAUUAAAAACAACAAGGACACCAACAAGUAUGAAGGAUGGCCAGAAGUUGUGGAAAUGGAGGGAUGUAUUCCACAGAAGCUAGAAUGAACAAUCUGCAAUUGGAAAUAGACAAUGCAAAAGAACAGUGGAGGGGAAACGCACUUUUCUGCUGCUGUGAUAUUGUGGGAUUUGGGAAGAUAGAAGCCAAGUGUGAACUCCACCAUGCUAGCAUGGCUUGAUGCACAAGGCCCAUUAAAAAGCUGUGCAAAGUGAUGGUAAAUUGCACCAAUUCAUUUGACUGGGCAUGUGAAAUACUUAUCCUGCUGGAUUGUGCCCUAUGUAAAUAAUUUCCAGGCAUGUUUUCACUUUAAAAUGUGCAUGAACUUUUUUUUAAAAAAAACAACCAUCAGGCUUAUUUAUUGUUAAACUGAAGAGAUUCUUUUUUUCCUGUUUCUUUUUUCUUUUUUGUAAAUUAGCCCUAAACAAACAGAACAAUUAUUUCUGAGUAUUCUUAUUCUUCCUUCUCUUUCUCCCUUUCUUCCUUGUUUCUAAGGCCACUUAUGUCUCUUAGAACCACACUCAAAAGUAAUUAGAGAUACAGAAUGAAUAUUGGAGCUAAUCCUGAGCUUUGUUGUAUCCUGUUCAAUUACAACAUUGCUGUGAGUGCAUAUAAUUACAUCAAUAUGUAAAUUUUAGAGGAAAAAAUAGUUAACUAUUUUAAUGCUAUGUCUGUUGGAAAGCCACAUACUCCAGUGGCCCUUUUCAGAUAGAGGGGGUGGAUGUUUGAUACAAAAAUGUAGGACUGCUUUACAAAGCACAAUUAAAUGCUUUUCAUUAAAAUGAAAUGUGUAACACUGUGUCUGUUGCAAUUGUUAACUCAUCCGUACCCCAUAUUUCUUG